AUGCCUUCCCCAAGUUCGCCUUACAACGCCGAAACGGCGACGGAUAGUUCUAUAGAUGUGGAAAAGUCGGCGGCCGAUAUGCCUGUUCCAAAUGCGAAACCAGAGCCUCCCAAGCCUACCGAGAAGACUUUCAGUCUAAAGGUUAUUCUUCUUUUGAUCUCGGUUCUCCUAUGCAUGUUUCUCGUCGGCCUUGACAGAACCAUUGUCUCCACGGCGGUACCUACAAUCUCCAAUGAAUUCAAUGCUUUCAGUGAUAUUGGCUGGUACGGUAGCGUGUAUUCCUUAACCUGUUGCGCGUUCCAGCUCGCCUUUGGCAAGAUAUACGCCUACUUUUCAGUCAGGGCUACCUUUUUCGCGAGCAUGAUCCUUUUCGAGGCUGGCUCUGCUCUCUCCGGAGCUGCCCCUUCCUCGAUAGCUUUUAUCCUUGGUCGAGCGAUUGCUGGCGUUGGUGCGGCAGGCAUUUUCGCCGGAACUAUCAUGGCUGUUGUUUACGCAGUUCCCCUUGCCAGGCGACCUCAAAUUCAGGGUCUCAUGGGUGCCGUCAUGGGUGUUGCUACCAUCCUGGGUCCUCUCAUAGGCGGUACUUUCACCACCAAGGUGACUUGGCGAUGGUGCUUUUAUAUUAAUUUGCCCUUUGGAGCUGUCGCCAUGGUUGCUGCCUUCUUCCUCUUUGACGUCCCUGACCGCGAUUCAGCCAAGCUGCCUCUUGCGAAGAAGCUGGCUCAGCUUGAUGCUCCCGGUACCGCCCUUGUCGUUCCUGGUGUGGCCUGUCUUCUCCUGGCCCUUCAGUGGGGUGGCCAAACGUACGCCUGGGACAAUGGCCGCAUUAUUGCGCUGCUAGUCCUCGCAGCCGUGUUGCUUAUUGCAUUUGUUGCCUCCCAGUUUUUGCUCCCAAAGACGGCGACUAUUCCUCCUAGCAUCCUCAAGCUUCGCAGCGUCGCUGGCGCGGCUUGGGCUACCAUCUGCAUUGGCUCUUCGCAAUACAUCUUUGUAUACUACCUGCCCAUCUGGUUCCAAGCCAUCAAGAAUGUUGCUGCUGUGGACUCCGGUAUCCGUCUCUUACCAAUGAUGGUCUCCGUCAUAGUUGCACAAAUUGGCGGCGGAUUCAUCAAUCAAAAGAUCGGAUACUAUACGCCGCUGGGCAUUUUCGGAGUCACUGUUAUGUGUGUGGGCGCCGGUCUCCUCACAACUCUACAGGUUGAUUCGAGUGAAGGCAGCUGGAUUGGCUAUCAAAUUCUUUACGGUAUCGGCAUGGGAUUUUGCUUCCAGACAUCAAACCUCGCGACACAAACUGUUCUUCCCAAACCACAGGUGCCGAUUGGUAUGGCGCUGAUGUUCUUUGGCCAGCUUCUUGGUGCCGCAGUAUUUGUUUCUGUUGGCGAGAAUGUGUUAAGCAAUCAACUUCAGAAACGACUUUCUAAGAUCCCUGGGUAUAAUCCGGCAUUUAUUAGCUCCGCUGGUGCUACCACUCUGAUCGAUUCGGUACCGCCAGAGCUGCGUGGAGUUGCCCUUAGCGCAUACAAUGAGUCGCUCCGAAGAGUCUUCCAGAUCGGCUUGGUUAUGUCUUGCCUUGGUGUUCUUGGAAUCUACUCGUUGGAGUGGAAGAGCGUCAAGAAGCCAGGCAACCCCGGCGCCGGCGGACCGGGGGGGCCUCGUGGAUCUGGUAGCACAAGCAGUGACAAGCCGGGCGAGGAGAAGAAAGUUGCAGAGCCCGGAAAAUAA